CUCUCCAUUGAAACUCUCAGAUCAGAAGAAUGACUGCUUAUGGUGCUGUGUUUUCUCUUGCGAAUACAAUUAACAAUAUUCGCGGUUGUUCUCGUUGCAGUCUUGUUGGUCGCUCUCAACGAAUCUUAGAACUCGUGUACAAGGAGUUGGAGCCAUUGCCAAAAAUUCUGGAAAGAUUGGACACGACGAGCCCAAGCAGGAGCAGGAAGAAGGUGAACGCUUUUGAUGGAAGAGUAAAAGAGGCAAUAUGGAAAUUUGAAGACUCGUUAGAAUCACUUGUAACUCAACAGAUUCCUUCACAGUUUGAAAGUAUUCCAGAGAUUGUCUCCAUUGAUCUGCAGAGUCUGAAAAAUGAUGCUCGUUCCUUGAUUCAUACUCUUAUCUAUAUGGAUAAGGACUACAGAUACGAAAUAGAGAAUAUGGCUGAAGACGGACCUAUUUCCUCAUCAAUUCGCUUUCAUGGAACCAACUCUAAGAUGAUUGGAUUAUCUGAUCAGUUCCAACUACUCAAAACUGAUCUUAUUCGGUUCCUAGUAUCUCCCCGUUGGAGUCGCGUGUUUGGACUUUAUGGAAUGGCAGGCGUUGGGAAAACCACUCUUGCUACGCGAAUUUAUGAAGAUCAAGAAAUACAGAGCAAAUUUGAGUGUCGGGCAUGGGUCACCGUUGGCAGAGUACCUCAACCAACAUGUCAAAUUUUACGAGGCACUCUAGCUCAACUGCUUGGAAUUACACAAGGAGAUGAAGAAAUUAGUGAUCACUGCUUGGAAGAAAGAUUGAAUGGGACGAAUUGUCUUGUUGUGUUGGAUGAUGUCUGGGAGGAAGAUGUAUGGGAUACCUUGGAAGGUUCCUUACCAUACAGCAAAAAUGUGUGUAUUAAUGUCUUGCUUACUAGUCGACAUCGAAAAUGGAUGGAAGCUCAUGUGAGUCGUGAUUGUUUUUACGGGGUGCGGUUUUUGAAGGACGAAGAAAGUAUGGAGCUACUAUGUGAGAAGGUGUUUGGUGAUGAGAGUUGCCCACCUCAGCUUCACAAAGCUGCCACCAAGAUUGCCAGGCUUUGUGAAGGCCUCCCUCUCUUGAUACUCGCUGUUGCUGGCAUCAUAUCGAAAUCCGAGCAUAACAGAGACCCAACCUACUGGAACGAUGUAGCAGAAAGGAGAAAUUCAGUGUUCACGGAUGCAUAUAAUCAAAUAUCAAAGGUACUUUUCCCAAGCUACGACUACUUACCUCAACGUCUUAAAAUGCCUUUUCUGUUUAUGGGAGUUUUCCCUCAAGAUUAUCACACCCCUCCUUCCAAGAUCAUGAUUAUGCUCACCACCAAGGGGUUAUGGUGUGAUCGAAAAUGUUUGAGAGAGCUAGCAAUCAACUAUAGUCUUGUUUUACGCAACUUCAAGAGCGUGAAUAAAACUGCGCAUGAGCUUUCUCUUGCAGAGUAUAAAACUUGUUGGCUUCAUUCUUCGUGGCGGCAUGUGUGUAGAGAAGAAGCUAGUAAGAACAAGUUUUAUCAUGUCUUAAAUAAGUUGAUUGAUGCUGAACUAGAAACUAUAAAAGGUCAGCGCUGCUUGUGUCUCGAAAAUAACAUGUUAUUUGGCAUCAAGGAGUUUUGCAACUUAGUGAGAUUGAACUGUGCAUCCUCUGCACGUUCUCUCCUUUUCUAUGGUCCUUACCACCAAUAUCCAAUCCCUACAGAUGUUGGUUUCAUGUUGCUAAGGGAAAUAGAUGCUCUUACACAACGUUUCUAUACUUUCCCAAUAGAAGUUUUAUCAUUAGUCCAACUGAGGUACCUUGCUCUAACUUGCAAUGGAGAACUCCCUCCCACUAUAUCCAAACUUUUCAAGCUUCGAGUCUUGAUUAUCCAUCCACAUAUACACAUUAGACGCUGUGGAGCUCCAUCAUAUGUACCAUCACAAAUAUGGGACAUGAAAGAGUUGGAGCAUAUUGAGAUAUUAGGAAAGAGCCUUGCAGCUCCAUCUCAUGUUGUUUCUUUGGAAAAGCUGAAAACACUAGUAGGUGUUAAUGCUAGCAUUUGUAUUGUUUCAGAACUCUCUAGAAGAAUUCCUAAUAUCAAGAAAUUAGGAAUACAAAUUGAGUUGACGCCUUAUGAUGACCAUAACGACCUUUUGAGUUGCUUUGGUUGCAUUUCAACAUUUAAAAGUUUGGAGACACUCAAAUUGAGUAUCACAAAUCCUGUGGUCAAGCAUGGUCAUGUUUACCCGGUGACUCCUCAUUCAUUGAAGUUGCCACGUAAUUUGAAAAAGUUACAUUUGAGUGGCACGGGUUUUCCCUGGGAAUAUAUGGAUGUCAUAGGCUCUUUGCCAUAUCUUGAAGCCCUCAAACUACGAUCCUACGCCAUUCAGGGUUCACAUUGGAAAACGGAAAAUGAUAUUUUUUCGCACCUUCAGUUUCUUCUAAUUGAAGAAAGUGAUUUGGUGCGAUGGAAACUCGGGAACAACAGCUUCCCUCAGCUUAAAUACCUAAGCAUGAAACAUUGCUACAAACUUGAAGAGAUCCCCGAGCCUGCUUAUUUGUCUCGGUUGCCAUGUUUUUGCCCCAUUGAGAUUGAAUUAGAGGAUUGCAAUCCUUUAGCUUUGAUUUGUGCCACACAAUUACAACCAAGUGUAGGUGUCACGCUUUGUGUUAUUGCCUCUUCUUCUUUUUACGAGAAACCAACGACUUUUAUAUUAGAAAGGCGUGGAGGUGAGCAUGUAGCUGGAGCUGGAUAGGUGAGACGCCAUGUUUUCUAUCUGGCAUGCUCAAAAUCAAUGGUUGUAUUAUUAGGUUGUUCUUCAAUAUUUAUGCAUUGUGACUUAUUUUGGAUUUUGUUGCAUGUUAUAAGUUUAGUUAGUUACAUGGAAUCAAAACUGUUAUUGCUUUAGUUUACUGAAAAUAUUACACCUUUAGUUAGUGACUGAAGGACAUCUUUUAUUUUUUAUGUGAACGAUGAGAAGCAUCGAAGAGUAGUAGCUUUGUAGUGAACAUCUUU